AUGAUAGAGUAUGAUUCGCCAGAACAACUGAAUGAGCAAUUGGUGACUCUUUCACUUCUCCCUGAAUCACGGUGGAAGAACCUUCUUAAUCUCGAUGUAAUUAAGUGGUACGUAAUAAUUGGAUUCUUUUUAACACUUGAUGCAGAUGAAGCUGCUCUCAACCUUCUGAAAGAAUUAGGCCCAUCAGGGAUUGAGACAGAGUUGCGAAGCUUGUCUCCUGAUUGUGGAGGGUCUAUAGAGGUCAUGCAGAGCUUCUUGAAAAUGAUCGGGAUGAUAUUAGACAGAAAGCGUGAUUUUGAGUUAGCCCAGGCAUACCUUGCAUUGUUUCUAAAGUUACACCUUAAAAUGCUUCCUUCAGAGCCAAUACUCCUAGAAGAAAUGACAAAGUUAUCAUCACAGGUGGAAGAAAACUGGAUCCAUUUACAAUCACUCUUCAAUCAAAGCAUGUGUGUUUUAAAUUAUGUCAAAAGUGCUUUGUUAUAAAAAUAAACUCAAGUGACUAAAUAAAUCAAAGACACAUAUUAAAUGGGUUCAAAUUUAACUUAUUUAUUUUCCAAGUUUCAAUGUGAGAGGAAAAUAAAUGCUAGCACUGUUUACUAGUCAGUAAUUCUCCACUUUAAAUGUUAAAUACUUUCUUGAAAUUAAAUUACACCUACCUUUUGUUUUUAAGCCCUGAGGAAUCUACUCAAAUGGAUCUCAGUGUCAGAUCCAGAUUUUCCAACAUUCACCUAGUUCUUUCUCCUUUGUAGCCUUCCUGAAGGAAAUAUUUCUUGGAUCAGAAAUGUAGGAGGCACUUGCCCAAGGCAAAUUGUUACAGGAGGUUAAACAGAUACCUAGGAAAGGUAAGGGAAAUUCCAAAUUUCAUUGGAGGUUGUCCUUCAAAGGUUUCUCUUCCUCACUGAUGACCUUUUUAUUUGGGAAGAAACCGCCGACCAUACUUUUCUUUUACAACCAUUGCAAAAUCAGGUAGGUCUGGCAAGUUUUCUCUUUUCUCAUCAUCGUUUUCUUUUUAUGGCUCAAGACUUUAGCAAGGUGUGAAUUUAAAAUAAGCAGUUCUUAAAAGCACAGUGCUCUAAGAACUAUUCUUAGUUUAUAUGCUCAAAAGUAGUAUCAUUCAUGAAAUGCAGCUGGUUGGAUUUGAACAUCAAUAACAUUCUUUUUCAACAUUAGGAUAAGAGGGCUUUACAGAAUAAUUUCCAGAAGGAGCAAUCCUCAAAAGGAGUUGACAAUGAUACCUUAAUAUAAAGUAUUUUUGUUUAAUGGUGUAAGGUAGAUUAGUAAAUUACUAAGGAAAUAAGCCAAUCUGAUUUUGUACUCAAUUUUGUUCUUUCUUUUUGAAAUGUGUAUUAUUAAAGCUACUGACUGAAAUGUUAAUAUUGACUUAAGUUCUGACUUUAAGAACUAUUUCCCUCUUUCCCAAAUACCAUAUUCUAAAGGUAUGGCAAAAUUCCAUUGUACGAUCAUGUACCUAGUAAGGAUUGUAAAUAGCUAAAACAAAAUGAUGAGCUAUGAACUGAAAUUGUAUUGCUUAUACAAAUCAUGAACUAAUUUUUUCAAAUGAGAAUACAGAGUUAAGUAUAUUUUUUUUAUUGAAGAUAUCUUUCAGUAGUAUUACAGCAUCAUUUUGGCAUGUAGUCUUCCAGAACCUUUUCUCUGCAUUUGCUAUUAAGGGAGGGAGGGAGAAAGAAAUACAAAGUAUGUUUGUGUGUAUAUAUUUUUCUCAAAAUGCAUUGGUCUGUGCAUAUUGCUAUAUCUUUAAAUUAAAAUUUAAGUUACACAUGUAA